UAUUGAUACCGACGCUUCGUUAAUCACGAUUUUCUCCUCUCGCCCCCUUCCCAGUUGCUCUCUUUUCCCAAUUACUCUCUCUCUCCCCGCGACAGUCGCCGGAGUUCGGCCGCAAGACACCGUCCGUCCACGCCGGCAACAGCCGACAGGAUUCACCGCUCUAGCACUCGUUCAGUUCCCCCUCCAUUAUCUAUCCCAUUAGCCGGUUGAAGCUGGUAAUGGACGGUGAGGAGUUGACAGAGCAGGAAACUGCAUUGUACGAUCGCCAGAUUAGGGUUUGGGGUGCUGAUGCUCAACGAAGGCUAAGCAAGGCUCAUAUUUUAGUCAGUGGACUCAAAGGAACUGUUGCCGAGUUUUGCAAGAACAUUGUUCUAGCAGGAGUAGGUAGUUUGACAUUAAUUGAUGAUCGCCCAGUGACCGAGGAAUCUCUAUCAGCGAAUUUUUUAAUUGCACCCGACGAGAAUGUCUUUUUGGGGAAAUCUCUUGCCGAGCUUUGUUGCGAUUCUUUGAAAGAUUUCAAUCCGAUGGUCCGUGUUUCGGUUGAAAAAGGAGAUUUGUCUAGCUUUGGUGGAGAUUUCUACAACAAGUUUGAUGUUGUAGUCGUCAGUUGUUGCUCCCUAACUGCAAAAAAAUUGAUUAACGAGAAAUGCCGCAAGUUGUCAAAGCGUGUUGCAUUUUACACGGUAGACUGUAGAGAUUCCUGUGGGGAAAUAUUCGUUGAUCUGCAGAACUUCACAUAUUCAAAGAAGAAGCUUGAUGAAACCGUUGAAUGCCAACUUCAGUAUCCCAGUUUUGAGGAUGCAAUUACAGUACCUUGGAAAUCCCUUCCUAAGAGAAUGUCGAAGCUGUACUUUGCCAUGAGAGUGGUAGAAAUGUUCGAAGAAGCUGAGGGACGUAAUCCAGGACAAACUUCUAUAGAUGACCUUCCGAAGGUUUUGAAGCUGAGGAAAGAAGUUUUGGAAAAACAUUCACUAAAUGAGUCUCUUAUUCCUGCUUCUCUCCUUGAGAGACUUGUGGCAGGGACAAGAGAAUUCCCUCCAGUUUGUGCCAUAAUUGGAGGAAUCCUUGGACAGGAGGUUAUUAAAGCAAUAUCGGGCAAAGGCGAUCCUUUCAAAAAUUUCUUCUUUUUUGAUGCUACGGACGGGAAAGGCGUGAUGGAGGACAUAUCAUCCGACCUUAUUAGCAACUGAAGCUAAGCAAGAUAGAAACUAGCAAUUUGACCUAACAGUGUCCGCAGAUUGCAAGUGCCCUUUGCUUAGAUUUGAUGGGUUUCUUGGGGUGACUGUCUCUUUUUGGUGGAUACUACCACACUAGGAUUUUAGGAUGAUUAACUGGUGGAGAAUUUUAAGCUUAUAAUGCCUUACCGCAUCUGAAAACCCAAUGUUGGGCUCUUCUUUUGGAAGGUACUAUCGUCUUUUUUGUAAACACUUCUGCUCUAAAAUUAGCUGAGCGCUUUGAUGGUAUUAACAUGCAUUAUUUAUAA